AUGCUGCAGGAACCUUUCCCUUCACCCAGAAGUGUCAGGGCUGGAGAGAAAGUGGGGGACAGUGUGCCAGCCAGAGAAGGUCAUGACAUCUCUUCCUUUCUAGCUCCUUUUUUUAAUACCAUCCUCUUUUUAAACAAUUGUAGCCUGCUCAGACGCCUGGUGACCCUUAUCUCCCAGCAGGCCACACUGUUGGCCUCCAACGAGGCCUUCAAAAAACAGGCUGAGGGUGCCAGUGAAGCCGCCAAGAAAUACAUAGAAGAGAAUGACAAGUUGAAGAAGGGAGCUGGCACCGGGGCUGGCAAAUUGGACCUGAAAGAUGAAGUGCUGGCGGAGAACAAAAACCUGAAGGCCGAGCUCAAGAAGCUGACUCAGGAGCUGGCUGUAAACAAGCGAAACCUGGAGAAAGCAGAAAAUGAAGCUUUGGCCAUGCGCAAGCAGUCAGAUGGGCUGACCAAAGAGUAUGACCGUCUGCUGGAGGAGCAUGCACGCCUCCAGGUAUGUGUGUGGGAGUGGGAUGGUCAUAGGGCAUUCUGUCCCCAUCCCCUGGGACACUGA